AUGAUGGCGGCCGCAGCGGCGGUGGAGGUGAGCGGCAGCAGCGGCAGCAGCGACUCGUCCAGCACCGCGGAGGAGGAGCGGGUGCGGCGCCUCUUCCAGACGUGUGACGGGGACGGAGACGGGUACAUUAACCGGAACGAUUUGCUGAUGGUCUGCCGGCAGCUGAACAUGGAGGAUUCUGUGGCGGAGAUCAUGGGUCAGCUCGGCGCAGACGAGCGGGGAAAGAUCUCCUUCGAAGACUUCACACGCUGCCGCAUGCAGCUGGUCAAUGAGAUCCGCAAGGAGGAAGGACAGCUAUCGCUCCUGUCCAGCGACUCGGAGAAGAGGAAACUUCACGAACAUGUGGCCUCCUGGCCCACCAGCAGCGACAAUAGUCUAGGUGCUCGUGAGAGUUGGGAAUUUGAUUCUGGAGCUCGAGACUUACAGAGUCCAGAUCUGCAGUCUCCAACACAAUCACAUCCUCCGCAGCAGAGCUCACCGUUACUCCACAAACUUCUGGAUCAGCCCAGCGUUCUGGAGCCUUCGGCUGGACUUCACAAGCUCCUGACCCAGCAUCCCUCCGGCCGCAGCGGGGCUCUGGGUGGAAGCUACGUGGAACUGGCCAAUACGCUGCAUCUGGCUGCGCUGGCGUCUCUGAAGGGUGACGUGGUGGAGCUCAACCAGCGGCUGCUGCAGACAGAGAGAGAGAGAGACGCGCUGGAGAAGAGACUGGCCAAAGCACAGUGUGAGCAGUCUCAUCUGCUGCGGGAGCAUGAGGAGGUUCAGGAGAGGACGACGCUGCGCUACGAGGAGCGAAUCACAGAGCUGCACAGCAUCAUCGCCGAACUCAACAAGAAGAUAGACCUCCUGCAGGGAGCCACCAUCAGGGAGGAGGAUGAGUUUUCCGAGCUUCGCUCUGAUCUCAGUCACAGCCAGCAGGAAGUUAACGAGGACGACCGGAGCAUCGAUCAGGACCCUGACCAGGCGUCCGUCUCACUGCCUGAAAACCAGUCCACACUGGUCACUGCAGACAUGGAUAAUUGCAGUGAUCUGAACUCGGAGCUGCAGCGGGUUUUGACGGGGCUGGAGAGCGUCCUCUGUGGCCGGAAGAAGAGCACGUGCAGCCUGUCCGUGGCGGAGGUGGACAGACACAUCGAGCAACUGACCACCGCCAGUGAACACUGCGAUCUGGCCAUCAAGACAGUGGAGGAGAUCGAGGGUGCUCUGGGCCGUGAUUUUUACCCCAGUCUGUGUGAGGAGCGCGUGCGCUGGGAAAAGGAGCUAGCUGGACUCCGGGAGGAGAACGAGAGCCUAACAGCGAUGCUGUGCAGUAAAGAGGAGGAUCUGAACCGCACCAAAGCCACCAUGAACGGCAUCCGAGAGGAGCGAGACCGUCUGCGUAGACGCGUGCGAGAGCUGCAGACGCGUCUCCAGAGCAUUCAGCCCGGCGGCCCGUCCAGUCCUGGGCGUCUGACGCCGGCGGGACGUCCCAUCAACCCCAGCACCGGAGAACUCAGCACCAGCAGCAGCAGCAACGACAUCCCCGUCGCCAAAGUGGCGGAGCGAGUGAAGCUGUCGAAAACACGAUCAGAAUCGCUACCAACGGAGAGAUCCGUCCUCGGCUCUGAAAUCAGCAGCAUCGGGGUAUCCAGUAAUGUGGCUGAACAUCUGGCUCAUUCCCUUCAGGACUGCUCCAACAUCCAGGAGAUCUUCCAGACGCUCUACUCGCACGGAUCCGCCAUCUCCGAGAGCAAGAUCCGCGAGUUUGAGGUGGAGACGGAGAGACUCAACAGUCGUAUCGAGCACCUGAAGUCUCAGAACGAUCUGCUGACCAUCACGCUGGAGGAGUGUAAGACUAACGCGGAGCGGAUGAGUAUGCUGGUGGGGAAAUACGAGUCCAACGCCACCGCGCUCAGACUGGCCCUGCAGUACAGUGAGCAGUGUAUCGAGGCGUAUGAGCUGCUGUUGGCGCUGGCCGAGAGUGAACAGAGUCUGGUUUUGGGUCAGUUCAGAGCCGCUGGAGUCAGUGCUGUGGGAGAGCAGGCGGGUGAAGAGAGCAUCACACAGAUCUUGAAGAAAGCUCACGACAGCAGAAAGACGGCAGAAAACGCCGCUAAAGACCUUCUGACGCGACUGGACGGCAGCUGCGGCGCUGCGUUUGCUGUUACCGGCUGCAGCGUUCAACCCUGGGAAAGUCUCUCAUCCAACAGCCACACCAGCACCACCAGCUCGACGGCCAGCAGCUGUGACACGGAUUUCUCGAAAGACGACGAGCAGCGUCUGAAGGACUACGUGCAGCAGCUGAAGAACGACCGGGCCGCCGUCAAACUGACCAUGCUGGAGCUGGAGAGCGUCCACAUCGACCCGCUCAGCUACGACGUCAAACCGCGCGGCGACUCGCAGAGACUCGACCUGGAGAACGCCGUGCUCAUGCAGGAGCUCAUGGCCAUGAAGGAGGAGAUGGCGGAGCUGAAGGCUCAGUUGUAUCUGCUGGAGAAAGAGAAGAAAGCUCUGGAGCUGAAGCUGAGCACGCGGGAGGCUCAGGAACAGGCCUAUCUGGUGCACAUCGAGCAUCUCAAGUCUGAGGUGGAGGAACAUCAGGAACAGAGACGCCGAUCGCUGAACUCCACCGGCAGCAGCGCUGGAGCCAAAGACAAGAGCGGGAAGGAGUCUGGAGAUUCUCCAGCGAUCAGUCUGUCUGACCUGAGGAGUCUGAACGACAGCGACCUCGCGGCGGAGCUCACCAGCGCCCUCAGGAGAGAGAAGAAGCUGAAGGGUCGUGUUCAGGAGUUGGUGGCGGCGUUAGAAAGACUCACUAAGAGCAGCGAAGUCAGACAUCAGCAGUCGGCCGAGUUCGUCAACGACCUUAAACGAGCCAACAGUAAUCUGGUGGCGGCGUAUGAGAAAGCCAAGAAGAAGCACCAGAACAAGCUGAAGAAGCUGGAGUCUCAGAUGAUGGCGAUGGUGGAGCGACACGAGACGCAGGUGCGGAUGCUCAAACAGCGCAUCGCUCUUCUGGAGGAGGAGACGUCUCGACCGCACACCAACGAGACCUCGCUCUGAACCCGCCAAAAAGUGACGUUUGUGACUCUUAUUACAGUAUUUCACUGCAGAUUCUUCCUCAGCAAACCUUCCGACCAUCACCGUCUCUGCAAAACCACACAAACCUGUCAUUCAGCACCUGUAGGACUUGGUUCUUCUGAGGAACACGAAAGAAGACGUUUCUCAGGAUGUUCACGCUGCUCUUUUACACAACAGCGAAGUACAAAAAUCAUCAGACAAACACAAGUCAAGGCGUGAAACGGGCUCGUUUUGACAAGUAUUAGACUGAGUUUAUUUUAUACGGUUUAGUUUUUCGAUUUGUAAUUACGAGUUCACAGUUUCUAUGCUUUAUUAGUCAAACCAGUGAUUGUGAUGAACACAAAUCCUCAUCAUCAUUCAGAAUCUCAUGAGAAAGUUCAGCAGCACAGACUCAAAGAGACUAACUAGUAGCUGGUUUUGUUCAAUUAUUAUUUUUCAUAAUCAUACAGUGUAGAGAAGUAGUUUUUGAGCAAUAAACGAGAACAAGGUUUCCUUCAUCUGUAUACUCCAUUUAAUCGCUUUACACCACUAAUGAACGUUCUGUCUUCAUUUAUUCCGUUUCUGUAAACACAGAUUGUGGGCACAUUGAGGCCUCGAAUGAUUAAUAUGAGAUUAUGAAUUAUGAAUUUGUUAAAACACCACUUAGACCAUUUUAAUUGGCUAAUGAGAUGUUAAACAAUCAGUAGAAGAUCUGUAACACUUUACAAUAAAGUCUCGUUUGUUAACAUUAGUUAACUUUAAUUAAUUAACAUGAAUUAAAAACUAACAAUAUGUUUAUUAAACUUUGUUCAUCUUAGUUAAUAAAAAUGCAAUUGUUAAUUUUUAAUGUUAGUGCAUUAUUGUCAAAAGAUUCAACUUUUGAUUUUAUAAUGUUAAAAAGAAUGUUUAAAUAAAUUUUAACUAAAUAUUUUUCAUUGCUAGUUUAUACAAACUAUUAUAGCUAACUUAUUUAACAAAUGAAACCUUAGUGUAAAAUGUAUGACAGUGUUUUAGUGCCGUGUUAAAAAUAAAAAAAAACUAAGAUUGCAAGAUUAAAGCUGUAAUAUUUUGAAAAUAAAGACGAAAUAUUACGAAAUUAAAAUCUAAAUAUUUUGAGAAUGAAGUCUGAAUAUUACAAGAAUAAAAUCAAAAUAUUACAAGAAAUAGUCAGAAUAUUAUGAGAAUAAAAUUGCAAUAUUUUGCAAAUUCAUUCGUAAUAUUUUAAGAAAAAAAAUCUAAAUAUUCUGAGAAUAAAGUCGAAAUAUUAUGAGAAAGAAGUAAAAAUAUUACGAGAAUAAAAUCUAAAUAUUUCGAGAAUAAAGUCAAAAUAUUUCAAGAAUAAAAUCAAAAUAUUUCGAGAAUAAAGUCAAAAUAUUUUGCAAAUUCAUUCUAAAUAUUCUAAGAAAAAAAUCUAAAUAUUCUAAGAAAAAAAUCUAAAUAUUCUAAGAAAAAAAUCUAAAUAUUCUGAGAAUAAAGU